ACCAUGGCGUAAAAAGCUAUUCUCAUGCUAUAUGGUAGAUCUACGGUGCAAUAUGAGUAACACGUUGAAAGAAAAAACAAACUAAAAUGAGUGAUAGAAGGUACAAUAAAAACUGGCACGGUGGUGAUGUUUGCAGACGGAUGGAUUUUAGACCUUCCAAUCUCAUCAACGUACAUCCAUCAAGGAAAAUUCGGGAACGUAUGGGGUGUUUAAACAAGACAAUAUCGACGAGACAAAGAUUUUUGGAAGCAUCAAAGCUGACGAAUGACGGAGUCCGGAAGAGUGGAAACGCGAACAAAAGAAUCGCUGAUGCGAAAUAUUCCAUCGACAAGUCAUUUGGAGAUGGAAAUGUAACCAAUGUAACCGAGCGUGGAGGAAAAUGGACAUCGUCAGGAGAUGGAAAGUCAACAGAGUCUGAUGGACAGGUGAAGUGUUUGAGAAACACCACACAUGAAGCAGACACAACUCCUGAAGACGAAAGCUUGUUGAUAACAUUUAAUAGGUUUCAUUGA